AUGUCUGGCACUAGCGCGUCGGCCCACCCGCCAGAGCGCAAGGCGUUCCUUCAAAUCCAUUUCGUGGUUGUGGGCGGAGGUAUAGCUGGUCUUUCUGCGGCUGUCGCCCUGUGUCGGGUGGGCCACCGCGUCACGCUUCUCGAACGAGAUGAGGACUUUGAUCAGAAGCCGACGACUGUGCGGGGCAUCCGCAUGCCGCCGAACAUGACGAAAAUUUUCAAUCAUUGGGGAAUGCGCCCCGUCAUUGACGAGAUCGGGACGGUGUCGGGCCAGGUUAUCAUGUCCCGAAUCGAAGACUCACGGACACUCGGAAAGCACGUAUGGAACCACGAGAUGUUGGAGGAAGCGGGAGGCGAAUUCAUCUUUCUCAACUACCAUGAACUCCGACAAGUCCUCCUGCGAGCCGCUAAGGACCUAGGCGCCGAUAUCCGUACGGGUUCCGACGUUGCCUCGAUAACUGACGACGGGCGAUACGCGGUUCUCAAAAACGGCGAGCGCGUCCAUGCGGACGUAAUCGUUGGCGCCACAGGUCGGUUGGGCCUUAUUCGCGAUCUCCUGGCAAGCGAUCAAGAGUUUGACGACUCUGGGAAGCCCAGAGGGCUGAUGCUGUUCGAUGCUGUCGUACCAGCGUCAAAGCUUCGCGCGGAUCCCGAGCUGGCGACACUAUUGCAGGAGGAGUUCCCACAGAGUACGCAGUGGGUAUGGUUCGGCGACAAUCACUGCGCGCUAUCUUGCCAUCUCAGUCGGGAUGAUGAUUUUGCAUUUUACCUCUACGUCCCCGACGAUGGCAAGACGCCCGAGGCGAGGAUCAGGACGGCCCCCUCCGAGGUGAUUAGCGCCCAUGCUGUGAACUUUGAGCCUCGGGUACAAAGGCUUGCUGCCGCCUCAUCGGGUACAUGCGUAAAGCUUGUCACUCGCGAUGUCCUUGAGACUUGGGUUCAUAGCAGUGAGCGGUUACUGGGCAUCGGUGAUGCCGUCCACCCCUUCGUGCCUGGAAGUAUUCAAGGCCCCUGUAUGUCUCUCGAAGACGCGUCCGUCCUGGCAAAACUUUUCUCCCACCUACUCGAGGAGGCUCAGAUCCCCAGCUUCCUCUACGCCUUCGAAGAGAUUCGCCGCGAACGCACCAUUAAGAUCAACAAUGUCGACAAUCAGAACGUCGACUUCAUGACCAUGCCCGCAAGCGAAAUGGCCACCAUGCGUGACAACGCUAUGGCCGCUACAUUUAAAGCCGGGCGCAAUGCGCUAGACGCUGAUGAGGGUGACGAUGCGUCCUCGCAGUGGACGGAGAACCGCGAGAUCUUUGGAUACGAUGCCGAGGAUGCCGCAAACGAGUGGUGGCAGACCUGGGGACUUUUGCGCCUACGGGCCAAGGGUGCGCCGCAGCUCGCCGAGCUCGGGGGUAUCGGAGGCGUCGCCGUUGCGCGGGCGGAACACUGA